UUGCGGAUAGUUGACAGGUAUAACUUGAUUCUUGUGAUUAUUUUAUCGUUCAGAUUGAAGUAUCAGGGGAUUGUUGCACCAGUAACACGUAGUGAGGCAGAUUUUGAUCCGGGGGCAAAAUAUCAUAUACCGUCGAACAGUCCAUAUAUCUGUUAUUUUAUAAGCUUCGUAGUACAGUUCCAGUUUUACAAGGCAAUGUGCGAGGAAAGUGGACAUGAAGGACCAUUGUUUGAGUGUGAUUUCUAUAACUCCGAGAGAGCUGGCAGGAAAUUACUAGAAAUGAUGAAACUGGGUAAUUCUAAACCUUGGCCGGAAGCGAUGAAAAAACUCACAGGAAGUGAGACAAUUAAACCGGAUGCCAUUUUGGAAUACUUCGAACCUCUAAGGCAAUGGCUGGAAAAAGAAAACCGACGUACAGGUGCACAAAUAGGAUGGAAAAAUGCGGAAAUAAAUUGGAAAAGCGGAUCAUAGUGCUACUCACAUAAAUUCAUAGGAACUUUUUUUCAGUACUUUUCUGUCUUGUUUUACUCCAAUUAUGUCAUUAUACUCAACACUUCCGGUUAAGUGAUUGAAAAUAUAGAAUAGAAUAGCGUAUUUUAUUUUUCUAUUUUGUAAAUCCAUGAAGAUAUCUCUGAUAAUUCCAAAUAUGUUUUAUGAUAAUUCUACACAUUGUCUUCAAUGCAACACUAUAAACAUGAUGUUUAAAUAGUAUAGCAUUAAUAAGACGGGCUUUCAUAAUUGUUUGAUAGGUGGUGGGUAUUUGCCUUUUGAUAACAGUUCUGUAAAAAUAGCAUACAUUCUAUCCCUUUUUCUGUUCUUUUUAGUACAUAUAUUUUAAAACGAUACAAUCUGAAUUGGUAUUAGAUAAUAACCUUUUGUGAAAAUGUUAACAUCUCGGUUUAACCAUCAUAUCAGCAUUGUAACGUUAUAAGCAUUGUGAAAAUAUUUGACUUCGGUAAAUAUAUAUAGUGGUCGAUUUUAAUUGAAUUGCACCUCAUCAAAAGACUUUUGAUUAAAAUUGAAAAUAUGUCUGAAUUUUCAGCAUGAGUGUUAGACCAUAUAUGAUGGGAUGAUUUUGUUACUGAUAUAUGCAUGUAGAAAUGUUGUGAAGAGCACAUAUUUUGUCAUUUUUUUGUUGAAAUCAAAUCCGUGCAUUGCGAUUUAAUAUAAUUAUGCAUUUUUCUAGUUAUUAUUUAUUAACUUAUCAUUUUAUUACAUGUAUAUGCGAUUUGUUAGUUGUUAUAAAGUUUAAGUUUACAGAUAAAACUACACAUGAUUCUUAAGUCAAAAAUUAUACCGUCGUUGAAAUAAACUUCUUACACUGA